AUGCCUUCUGUUGACAUCGGAGAAGGCUAUGCUCUCUUGCACAAGCGGUCCAAAUGCGAGUGGAUCCCUGUUGGUGUCCCAAAGGCCGUGCUGGACAACUGGUUGGGGUGCGACUGCGGCAGUAUCUGGAUGUGGGGGUGCGACAACAUUUGGAUCUCUCGCAAUGUCAAGAUCGCAGAGGAGGGUCGUACAUAUAUUGGAAAAGUCCAGUAUUUUGCCCAGCUCGACGUGCAGGAUGAGGUGACGGGAGAAUUGAGAUGGGAAGGGGUUGCAGUGGUCGAGCUCUACUCGGAGCCAGACCCUGACCUCCUUACUCUGUCCUCUCAUUUCAUCAAGCAAAUUACCGACAUUGUCGGGAUGGUCCCACAUCGACCGACUUUGCUCUCGGGAGUGGAAGAGGAUCACUUUUUUAUGGCCGAAAAACCCGGGCUGGACGUGGCUACAUUUCUCGGACAUGAAGAUGAGGAUGAGCAGGACGAGGACGGCAUGGACUUUCCUCCAAAUGCUGUAUAG